GGCUGAAUAAAUAGUUAAAUGAGCAAUGCAAUUGCGCCACUUUCCACUAACCGACCUAUGCUGCAUGCGUGUUGACAAAUCUUUCAUUUUCCAAUUCUCAACACAAAUCUUUCAUAAUCCGUAAGUUUCCUUCUCAACGGAAAGUCACAUUUCUACUCCACUCCACACGAAACAAACCCCUCUUAUUUUUAUUUUAUUUUUAAAAAAAUUCCCCACCUCACUAUAUAUCUCACUUGCUUUCCCUUCAAACCCGCAAAACUCAUAUUUUCCACUCAAACUCCCUCUCCUUUCCCCUGCUUUGUCUCUCUCACACAUUCACAACUCCAUGCACUUUUUCUCUGUAGCUAUCUAACAACUUGGCCUAGAAUAAAAUGGGCAAUUGUCUUGAUCUUUGUAAACCCAGUUCAGGGUCUUGCAUAGCAAAAAAGGUUAAACUUGUGAGGGUAGCCAAACCAGAUGGUAAGAUACUAGAGUUCAGCACCCCGAUCCAUGUCAAAGAUAUCUUGACAAGUUAUCCAGCUUAUGGUGUUGGUGUUUCAAAGAAAGUCACAGAACAUCUCUCCCCAGAUCAUGAAUUGAAGGCAGGGAGAUUGUACUACUUGCUUCCCUCUUUGCAUUCCCCUCCAAAUCUUAAAUCUUUAAAGACAGGUGGAGGGAUAAAGAGGAUCAAAGUAAUAAUAACGAAGCAGAAGCUGCAGCAGUUAGUGACCAAACAGAUCUCAGUAGAGGAUAUACUAUCGGAGGUUCAAACGGUUGGUGUUAAGUUUUCAAGCAAUCAGAAGACAAAAUUGGACUCUAUACCCGAAGAAAAUGAGUAACAUAUAAAAAUACUGGUCUCUCUCAAUUUUCUAGCUGUUUAAGCUUUCCUUCCUUCCUUUGUUAUUGUUCCUUCUUUAUCUUUUAGUCAUGGAACACUUGCCCGUUGUUGUAACUCUUUACUUUUUUUUUAUUUUUAAAAAGGAAGUUUGGUUGUAAGUACCGAAAGAAAUGAAAUAUGUAAAGGCAGACAUAGAACCUAUAGUAUAGAUAAAUAGUUCAAGGUAGUUUCUAAAUUUUCCAUUGGUAUAAGUUUUCUUAU